AUGCAAUGCCUCGCUGGCAGCGAUAACAGCUUCGGCCCAAGAGUCAAUGUCGCGUGCCGACCCUUCGACUUCACGCUGCUGUUUGAGGAUGCAUUCUUCAUUGCUCUACCUGCUGCGGCCAUGGUGUUGAUACUCCCCCUUCAACUUCGUAUGCUGUGGAGGAUGCCGAUUGUGACGGCUUCGUAUCGACUCGCAGCGUACAAAUCAGCCGUCUUGAUGGCCCUCAUCGUUUUCCAUCUGGUUGCUCUCGCAUUGCGUGUCCAAUCUAGCGUUCUGCACACUCGAAUGGCCAUUGCUGCAGAGGUGCUUUCUGUUUCGUCAAACUUCGGGGUAUUAGUUCUUUCAUUUCUUGUCGAUCAGCGAUCUGUUAAACCAUCAGACGUAUUGGUGCUCUACUACUCAGCAUCUGCUAUACUUGGUAUCCCCCGACUGCGCACACUCUGGUUAUUCUCUUCAGACUAUUUGAUACAGCAGGCCAUAUCGACCGUUUUGCUUAUCCUUACUGCCAGCGUUGCCGCUAUUGAAUGCUGUGGGAAAACAAAGUACUUGCGGCCCGCAAUCAAGAAUGAGCUUACCUCUGAGCAAAUGACGAGCUUUUGGAGCCGCAGCUUCUUUGUUUGGCUACUUCCUUUGUUUCGAAAGGGAUAUAGCAAUGUGUUUCUUGUAGAUGACUUACCUGACAUUGACAAGGAUAUGAAGGAAUCGGCAACUUGGACUGCAUUGGAGGAGGCCUGGCGUCGCACCGAGGGACGUCGGCUUGGAUUCCGCCUCGUACGAGCGACCUUUAGAGCCAAUAGCUGGUCAUUCAUUUCGGCGAUUAUACCACGGUUGAUGCUGUCCGCUUUCACAUUUUGCCAACCCUUUCUUAUUCAAGCGGCGGUAUCUCAUUUGAGUGGUACAUCAAACGAGGACGACCAUGAGCGAUUCGGACAGGCCUUAGUAGGAGCAUUCGCGUUGGUCUACUUGGGCAUUGCAAUAUCGAGGGCAGUAUACUGGCGCCAGACUUAUCGUAUGCUCGCAAAAGUACGAGCCGGUCUGACAACAAAGAUAUACCGCCAAACAGUGUCACUUCAAUCUCGAGAUGUGGAAGAUUCAGCGGCACUUACUCUAAUGGGCACUGAUGUGGAGAGAAUUGUAGAGUCAUUGAGAUUCUUUCACGAAACAUGGGCAGCAAUUCCGGAGGCCGCCAUUGGUGUUUGGCUUCUUACCCGCCAGGUUCUUUACGCCUCAAUCGCACCAAUUGUGAUCUGCGUGAUAAGUCUAGUUGGAACGUCGCUCGUUGCAAAGCACUUUGGACCGGCCCAGAAGCGCUGGGUGGAUUGCGUUGAGAAGAGGGUAGGCGCAACGUCCAACAUGCUAAGCAGUAUAAAACCAGCCAAAAUGCUUGGCCUCAUGAAUCACUGGAGUCAAGCAAUUGAGAAGCUGCGAGCCAUCGAAAUCGAUGUGUCGGGAAAGUUUCGGAUACUGCGUGUCUGGGCCAUCAUCAUCGGAAAUGUUCCUGGGUCGCUGGCGCCUUUCGUUACGCUAGCCAUCUACUCACUUAUCGCGCUUAGCAGCGGUGAUCAAUCGCUUCUAGUCACUCAGGCCUUCACAUCUCUUGCCCUCAUCAAUCUAGUGACAGAACCGCUGCUCAUGUUCUGCCAGGCUUUGCCAUCUCUCACGCAGGCUGUAUCUUGCUUCUCACGCAUUGAGAAAUUCUUAGAGAUCGAAUCGCCUCCCUGGCACUGGGAAUCCCACAGCCUUCUCGAGGAAGACGCGUCAGCUAUGCCUUUGCAUUCUCGUGCUGGACGCUCCAGCUCUCUACCUCUGGUGACAUUCCAAUCUGCAGACAUCUCUUGGUUCCCGAAGAAUCAUCAGGGAAAAGUUAUUCUACGUAACCUCAACUUCAGCAUUCCAGCUGGCUUUACAGCCAUUGUCGGGCCAGUUGGGUCAGGGAAAUCCUCGCUGCUAGCUAGCAUCAUCGGAGAAACGACCAUAAUUUCCGGGGAAAUGCAGUCCCACAUCACUUCCCGGGUGGCAUUUUGCUCCCAAAAACCGUGGUUGACGAAUGACACCAUCAAAAGGAGCAUUAUUGGCGAACUAGAAUUCGAUCAAGCGUGGUUCAACUACGUUGUUCAAUGUUGCGCGCUUCGUGAAGACCUGAACAACUUACCUGAUGGUGUCAUGACUAUUGUAGGCGAGAAUGGCUCGUCUCUCAGCGGAGGUCAGCGCCAGCGAGUGGCGCUCGCUCGUGCCGUUUAUUCAAAACUACCUGCUGUUGUCUUGGAUGAUUUUAUUAGCGGCUUAGACCCAGAGGCGGCCCAAACGGUACAGACCAGCUUAUUCCACACGAAUGGGCACUUUCGCAGAGCAGGUAUCUCAGUGGUUCUCGCUACCAAUGGUUCGAGUUUACUUCCUUACAUGGACAGUAUAAUUCUUCUUGAAGAAGGAUCUAUUUCAAACACUGGAUCUUACGAACAUUUCAAGACGCGAAGACCUGAUAUGUUCAAAUGGGAUGGGCAUAAAACUGACUUCAAUGCUGAUCAAGUGAACGAAGAGAUUUCGGCUAGACCUGAGGUGGAAUCACAGGGCUCCAACUCUACCGCACCAAGGCGACAGGGCCUAAUCAGCAGCUCUAACAGAGAUGAAUUUAGUAGACAAAAAGGAAGCUGGAGCGUUUACGCGUAUUAUGGGGAAAAGGCAGGCAAGCUCUCUUUGCUCGUAUGGGCGCUGUCUACUCUUAUUGGUGCCAUCUCCAACUCCUAUUCCACAUUGUGGGUUGACCGAUGGACUUCGGCGAGUGCAGAACAAGGAAACCAACAGCUCGGACUAUACCUUGGGAUUUACUUCUUAUUGGUGGCUCUUGCCAUCAUAGGAGUUUUCUUUGAAUGCUGGGCUUUUUUCCUUUAUAUAGUCAGAGACACUGCGAUUAAACUUCAUACGGAUCUGCUGCACGCAGUUGUCAGUGCACCGUUUUACUUCUUCCUCGAGUCAGAUCUUGGGUCAAUAACGAAUAGAUUUAGCCAAGAUAUGAACCUCAUCGAUAUGACCUUACCGUCCCAAGCUAUUCAAUUUACAUCCGGAUUUUCUUGGUGCCUGGUACAAUUCGUUGUCUUGUGCGUUUUGGGGAAAUACCUUGCAGCUGUAGUUCCAGUCCUUGGUGGAGUUUUGUUUGUCGUCCAGCGUUACUACCUGCGAACGUCCAGACAACUUCGAAUGUUGGAAAUCGAGGCGAAAACCCCGCUGUACUCACACUUCACAGACACCAUCAGUGGCAUUGCAACUAUCCGGGCGUUCGGUUGGGAGAUACCCUUCAGCGAUCGUCUGGCAGGCAUAUUAAACCGAUCCCAACGGCCAUUUUAUAUGCUUUUCUGUGUGCAACAAUGGCUUACACUAGUAGUAGAUCUUGUUGCAGGGGCUUUGGCAGUCACCCUUGUCGCGAUCGCGUUGUCUCUGACCGACAACAGUCUCGGACCUGGUGCGCUGGGAGUCGCAUUAGUUAUGACACUUCAGUUCAACGGCCUACUAAUCCAGACAAUCCAGUCUUGGACAAAGCUGGAAACAUCGAUUGGAGCGGUGGCAAGAGUACAGCAGUUUGUGAAGGAGGUUCCAUCAGACUUGGGUAGAUUACCAGCGCCUUCAAAUUCGUGGCCUCAAAGCGGCAGGGUGCAAGUACAACGCCUCACAGCGGCACACUCACUGGGGUCCGAAGACGUACUGAAAGAUGUCAAUCUCGAUAUUUCCGCCGGCGAAAAAAUAGCAGUUUGUGGACCAUCUGGCAGUGGGAAAACGUCGUUGAUCAUGGCCAUGAUGCAGAUGAUGGAUGUUCGGAGCGGGCGAGUCGUGAUAGAUGAUACAGAUGUAGCCACAUUGGACGGUGAGAGCAUGCGUAGCCAUCUCAACGUGGUGCCACAAGAACCCUUCUUUAUGCCUGGAAGUCUUAGAUUCAACUUGGAUCCCAGGGGCGUAGCCUCCGACGCAUCAAUUGAAGUGAUGCUGCGACGCGUUAGCGCUGGCCUUUGGGACAAGCUGGCGACGGGCUCGCACGGGAGCCUUCAUGAAGAAUUCAGGUCAUCCCAGUGGUCUCAUGGAGAGCAGCAGCUGUUCUGUCUGACGAGGGCCUUGCUGAUCCCUAGCAAGGUCAUCAUCUUUGACGAAGCAAUGAGCAGCGUCGACGAGAAGACAGAAUCUCUCAUGCAGCACAUUGUUGAGGCCGAGUUCAAGGAUCGGACAGUCAUAUCCAUCAUUCACCGGUACUCGCAUAUCGAUUGGUUUGACCGUAUUGCGGUUUUGCGAAAGGGAAGAAUAGUAGAAUGUGACAGUGCACAGGCAUUACUGAGCAGAUCCGGGUCGGCUUUUAGAGCGCUCUACGUCGCUGGCGCUAAAUAUUCUUGA